GUGAGGGGAGCCUGACUUGCAACACUGGACGAGCGCCAUGUGCUACUCAUUGGCUGCCUCGCUUACGGCCCUUGCCGUGGGCGUUGGCUCCUCCGCGGCUGCAUAUGCAUUGUCACAGUGGGAGAACUGCUACCUGCUUGCAGCCGUCUCUUUGGUGCAGCUGGGCGAGGCCUUCAUUUGGUUGGGGCUGGAUGCUGGCAUGCGCUGGCCCAACUGCCUCGGCACAGCCAUCGUACAGGCCUCCUUACCCACGCACUUCCUGGCGCUGUGCCUCGGGGCGCGCCGGGCAGGCGCCUUCCCGUCGCAAGUGCCCCUGCGAGACUUGGGCUGGGCCAGCUGGGCUGCAGGUUGGUUCGUCUACGCUGUCUACGCGCGGCCCGUGGUGGGAGGCCUUUCUGCCCCCCUCAAAAACGCCUGCAACGCCCGCUUGACUUGGCCCCUGCCACUGCUCUGGUACUUCCUUGUGGUCUUCUGGCCGUCACUGGCCCUGACGCUAAGGCGGCCCUACAUACCCUGGCCCUACAGCGUUGCGAAGGUCGGCUUGGCGGUGCUCUGCUACUGCGUGGCCCGUGGAUGGUCUGCGUUCCCGCAGCCGCUGGCCAGCGAGUGGUGCCUGGUCGCCGCGGUGGCAGGACCGCUCCUCGUGGCCGGCGAGUGGUGCCAAGACCUGGAGACGUGGCGCUUUAUCCCAGUUUCACACCCAGUUUUGAAGGAUUCUGCAAGAUUCCGAGUCCGGCCCUUCGUGAGGAACUUCACCCUGAAGACUUACAGGAGCUAGGGCGGAGGAGCUGGCUUGGCACAGUUUCCGACAUGGGGGCCCCGAUGAGGCCCCUACAUCAUUAGGUUUCUUAUUCUAAGAAUACCAAAAACGGAGGUUCCCAAGUGAUGGAAACCCAUGUGCAGAGGCCCCUGCGGCUGGAAGUGCAGCCUAGAGAAGCCAAAGAUUUGGACAGGUGC